ACACAUCCUAAAGGCUACACGCAGCUGUCGCUCCGCUCAGACCUGAUGCAGCCGCUCAACAUUUAACUUUUAUCCGCACUGUGUCCUGAACCAGACCACCGCUCCUGCUCCUGCUCGGUUUUGUGUGUUUUAUGCGCCGGGACGCCAUUUCUCUGCACUGAGUUUUAUUAUUUCUCCUGGAGGAAACCAAGUAGACAAAGAACUUCACAGUCGUCGAUACCAGGGUGCCCGGUGUAACACGGACCACACGGCCAACAGGAGGACACCAAGUACAUAUCGAGAGCUCCAUCCAUUUUCAAGAUUUUCUCCAACUUCAGCCCUCAGACAAACAUUAGCAUGAUGUCGUAUCUAAAGCAACCACCUUACACAGUCAAUGGCCUCAGUUUAACAACUUCCGGAAUGGACCUCUUGCAUCCAUCAGUUGGCUAUCCAGCAACUCCACGGAAGCAGAGACGAGAGAGGACUACUUUUACGCGCGCACAACUCGAUAUUUUGGAGUCGUUGUUCGGCAAAACUCGGUACCCGGACAUAUUCAUGCGCGAAGAGGUGGCGCUGAAAAUAAAUCUACCCGAGUCCCGAGUACAGGUCUGGUUUAAGAACCGACGGGCAAAGUGUCGCCAGCAGCAGCAGCAGCAGCAGAACGGGGGGCAGAACAAGGUGCGACCAGUUAAAAAGAAAAGUUCCCCAACCAGAGAAGCGAGCCCGGAGAGCGGCGCCAGCGGGCAGUUCACGCCCCCCACCAGCACCACCGCCGUCCCCGCCAUACCCACUAGCACCGCCCCAGCGUCCAUCUGGAGCCCGGCGUCCAUCUCUCCGCUCGCAGACCCCCUGUCUACCUCCUCCUCCUGCAUGCAGAGGUCUUACCCCAUGACCUACACCCAGGCCUCGGGCUAUAGCCAGAGCUACGCCGGCUCAACCUCCUACUUCAGCGGCAUGGACUGUGGCUCUUACCUCACUCCCAUGCACCACCAGUUGUCAGGCCCUGGCUCAACCCUCAGUCCGAUGAGCACAAACGCGGUGACAAGCCAUCUGAACCAGUCCCCGGCGUCCCUCUCCACCCAGGGCUACGGGACGUCCGGCAUCGGCUUCAACUCCACAGCAGACUGCUUGGAUUAUAAGGACCAGGCGGCGUCGUGGAAGCUGAACUUCAAUGCCGAUUGCUUGGAUUAUAAGGAUCAAGCUUCUUCGUGGAAAUUCCAGGUCCUGUGAACAGAGCAAUCAGCUGUCAAAAAAGUGCACAAACAGUGACGAUCACAUCAGACACGGCGCUGCCCUCCCUCUGUACAACACAUCCGACAUGUUAAAGUGUCAGCCGGGCUCGGCCAGGCAGGCUCUCAGGGGCCUCGGGUUUUCGGCAUGACGGUCUUUGGUCCUCCUAGAGGAGAGGUUUAAUUUAUUUUAGCACUGGCAAAGAGAUUUUUCUCCUGAUCAUUUACUGGUUGUAGCCCCUCAUCCAUGUCUGUCAGUGUGUGCCUCUAUGCGUAAAAACACCUGUUGAGGGCAACACAGAGUGGACUCUGAAAUAAAAGUACACCACAGCCACGGAACUAAUGUUUAUCCUCGAACAAACCCCAGUUCAUUCUCCUGGUGAAGUGACCUCCUUUACACAACUUUGCCGAGCUGCUGGCAGAGACACGGAUGUGGACAUGGGUGCACAACUUUAUUUAAGAAAAAAAGUGUUUAUAAGAAUCAUUAUGUAGUUUCUAAGAGACAAUCAGUGUGUGUCUUAUAUAAAUGGUACAUAUGUGUUUUUUUUUAUCUGUGCUAGCCUUCGAAACUGUGAUCUGUUGUAUUGUAUGCAAUUUGUGAGCCCCCCCCCUCCUCGCACCAGACUCUCUGCUGUGAUUUGAAUAGAUUUCUAACUUUUUGAACACCGAAGGAUGCUAAUGGUUAAAUCACCGGCCUCACAAAGAGAGAAGAGACUCCCCAAGAACAUGGUAGUAAUAAUCAAAGAUUAGCCAUACUGGA